AUGGAUUCCAAAAACUGUCCUGCUGAUCCGCCCACCGUCGAGUUUGAGCUGAACCCUAUCGAGGCCAAAAGUGCCAGGAGGUACAAACGUGUUGCUCUUGUCAUUCCAUUAGACGAUUCGGUAGGGCAGCCCAGACAGAAGCGUAUACUAUCGGUUCAACAAUAUUUCCUAAAAACAAUUUCCAAGGCCGUGGCAUUAUGGCCAAUGCUGGGUGGCAGCAUAACCUACUCUGGAGAAAACAGCGGACAGCUCACUAUACAGGGCCCGAUGCCAAGCGUGCCCGCAAGACAGCGAAGUGAUCUCAUCGAGUUCGAAUGUACGUUGAGCGACGAAUCUCUCCUUGAGGACAUGAACGAGGACUCGAAGAAAUUUUUCUUUCCGACAGAUCGGACCCUAGCAGCCGGGGUACCACCUGUGUUAUUGAAGAUCACGUUUCUUGACAGUCAGCUGGUUCUAGGGGUUUCUUUUUACGAAGUCAUUGCUGAUAACGCGUUCAUCGAACUUUUUCUUUCCUCGAUGGUCGACUCAAGUUGGAAUUUUCGGAGAGGCCACAGCAAAAAAAGGGAUUACGCUCGAUUGCGGCUGAAUCCUAUCCCGGAUCCCCCAGAUAUGCUCCCAUUUUAUGACCGAAGCAAUAAAUAUAUAGUCGUUAACACGCCAAGCAAUCAGCUGGUCAGUCGAUUUAUUGAGUUCCAGCAGCAUACGGUCUUGGGCUUUAUCCAAAAUCUUCGCAAGUAUCACCUUCACUGCGGCAACAACUCACUCGACGACGUCAAAGACAACGACGUCAUGGCUGCCAUCCUGUGGGCUGCCAUCACAAAUGCUCGGCGCUUGCUGGGCAAAGUACAGCCAUCUGAUCAAGUAAAGAUGAACAUUUUGGUGCCAGGAGAGCCCAUGGCACCCACACUCAGACACUGGUCGUACUGUGGAAACUUCACGGUACCUACUGUAGCCACGGCCUCAGUCUUGGGUGUCACCGACCUAGCCGCUGAUGCCACUCCUUACAGAAACAGCUACUAUCAAGAAUACAUCUCAGAUUGCGGGUUUGGCAUCAGAUGGAUUUCCCAAGCGGCCAACAAAAUCCGCGAGGCGAUAGACGAUGUGGAUGAAGUAUAUGUCCGGCGCGUGAUGGGUGCGAAAAAGGACUUGAGUAUGGAAGAAGACUCGGCGACAUAUGAACGAUGCCUCGACCGGAGCAGAAUUGGAACGACGUUUGAGGACUGGACCGGCUUUUAUCGGAGCGGACGCAAGACUACGGGCAUUCCAUUUACUGAUACGCGUCAGUUCAUACGAAUCUUGCCGUGCGCAGACGAUUUGGAGGAAGGCAAGGUUAUUCUAUUAUCGCACUUCAAAGCGUCGAAAACCGCAAAUUGCCAGAUUCGCCGGUUAGCUUGGCUUUGUCUUGAGACGGAGACAAUGAAUCAUGUGCGGGAGCAGCUGGAGGCCGAAGGAUGGAUCAAAGAGAAGUCCAUGAUAGGCAUGGCAACGCUGCCGGAAUGA